AUGACUGCGACCGGCACUCUCUCUACCAACAAACGCGCCCAAUUUGCAACGGACAAAACACUACAACCAACUUUGCUUACCACCCCUAGCGAAGCUGUUGAAUGUGUUGCCAUCACCGCGCUGACUGCCAAUGGAUCGCUCCAAGAAUUGCAACGAACCUACUUUCGAGAACUCUUCACUGAAUUUAUCAAACUCAAGAAGAAUCUCAAAAAUCUGAACGAUCGCCAAAUCACUCUGAACCAAGACGAUUAUGUGCCACGUUCCACCAAAUUCAAGUUUCAACUACAUUCCUCUGCUCGACUUCUCGAAGAGAGCAAAGCAGACGUCGAUAAAGUGGAACACGCUUGCAACACAGCCGUUGGUCUUAUGCAAACUACUAUUUGUGAUGAGCUCAAAAAGCUUGUUAAACUUGAAAUUGCCUCAGUCCAAAAAGCAAUCCAGCACUGCAUUGCCCGCAGUGUUGUUGUUAUUGCAAUCACACUUGCCAUCGGUGAUCCAGACCUCAGUGAAACCAAAAGUUGCGAUAUCUAUCAAUUUAUCUUCGACACUGCUGAUGCUCAAACACCCCCUUUUCUCAAACAUUCCGAAUUUUCAAAUGUAAAUGCUGUCUAUGACUGCAUUUUUGCACUUGCUCAUGCCCACACACCAGCCGAAACCGGAACAACUGCCUACCGCUACGAAGCUGAUCGCAUCAUGUACGCUGUGACAGCAACAUCGCCAACUGUCGUUGUCUUUCAACAUAUCUUUCAAGCCCUCUUUGUUGACAGCUGGGACACUUUUGAGAAACAAACUUCUACCAUUGCCAACACCGAGUUGAUGAAGAAGUUCAUUGCUUUAGCUCGCGCAGAAACUUCUACUGCCACUACUGCAAUGGCCAUUGCAGACCUAGACCUUACCAAUCCUCAAACAGUCCAAGACAUAAUCAACCAACGUGUCAACGACCAGAUUUGUGAGAAAACAAAGAAACUGGAACAACAACUCCAGACAAUCCAACGCUCUAUGGUAAAAAACGAUGUCAGAGGGGCCACUCGACCCGGCGCCUCGAUCAAAAAGAAAAAGAGCACACCCAACCGUCAACCAUCUGCUUCCAACUCCGGCAAACAACAGCUAAAAACUGUUGCAAAAGCCGACGCUGUCGUCGCAGAUUCCUCCAAACGAAAAUCCACCUCCAGAAAGAAAACAUUGCAGAAAAACAAGCCAUCUCGAAACAACAGCAGAAGAUAG